AUGUCUGCGCGGAAGGUCCCUUCGCCCAGCCAGCCCACCAGUCUUGGCCCACCAGAGGCCGCGACUGCCGGGCGAACCGCCGGGAAGGUUCUGAUUCCCCGGGAUCGAUCGAGGAUCGUACCGGCUAGCCCGAAGAUACGUACCUCUCGUGCUUGUGAUUCUUGUCGGCAGCGCAAGGCCAAAUGCAAUGGGGGAAAACCAACAUGCACCCAGUGCGAGAAGUUCGGGAUCGAAUGCAGGUACUCAGAGCAAAAGCGGACCCAGGAGAAAAGAGAACUUGACAUGUUGCGGGCGGCUAUCAAGCGGCACGAGCGGAUGCUGCAACUUAUGUCGCUUCGCCCGUCCGGCACUGCAAAUGUCCACGAUUGUGACCCCGCAAUUCUUCCUGCUGUAGUGGACACGAUCCGCAGGAGUUCCUCGGUGCACGAGGCAGCCAGUCUACUGAAUCGGCAGAUGUCAUCACAAUCCCCGGGUAUGACCCUGGAGAGGAUGCAGAGGUCUUGGCUGACACGGCUCUCGGGAAAACCGGAGCUGGUGAACCGAAUACCCCCGUACAGCGUGAAUGCUGCAGAACGCUGGACGGCAAUUGUUGAUAACGCGGCCACUUCGCAUCUCUUUUCUUUCUUCUUCGUUUGGGAUAACCCAACAUGGCAUAUCGUUGACCCGGUGUCAUUCCUGGGUGAUUUCCAGCGUGGAGGGACACACUUUUGCUCGUCACUCUUAGUCCAUACUAUUCUCUUUUAUGCGUGUCACUUUUCAUACGACUUUGAAAAGCCAUGGGACCGGCGCAUGGAGAUGUCUACCGCCAGACGACUUCUGCGGGAGGUGGAACGCCUGUGGCAGUGCGAUAAGAUGAAUAUCUCUCUUCCCACCAUGCAGGCAGCCCUUCUAUUAGGGUUAUUCUUCUGUGCUUCUGGUAAAGACAAGAUUGGUGUUCAGUAUAUCCGGUAUGGCGCACAAAUGGGGUUGCAGCUGGGCUUGCAUACCUCGUCGCCUGAGACAGGCCAAACCAAUCCAGCAGAGGCAGCUCGCAUUAGGCGAGUUCAUAAACUCAUAGCUAGUGCGGUCUACGAGGUGCAAACUCUGUCUUUGCAAUUGGCAAGGAUACCGUCGGUAUGGCCGGGGCCGUCAGAGCUUUUUUUAUCUGAAGCAGAGGCAACGGCGGCGGAUGUCAAUCAACAGUGGUCACCAUACCCAUUCACUUAUCCUGUUUACAAGCCCUUCUUCCAUACGGGCCUAUGGAGCAGACGGGACCUAUUUGUUAUUGUUAAUGAUGUGGCGGAUUUGCAGCGGCAGCUCAGUGGACAAAUAGAUCUGUCUGGAUGGCAGCAGGGUGCUGUACUGUAUCAGAGACUUCUAAGCCUCGAGAGGAAUCUUCCUGCUGUCCUUAGGGUGCAGCGGAAUAGGACUCCCCACAAUCUGUGUUUUCACAUGUAUUACCACAUCACAACAGUCAACCUCUGCGGGAUUUUCGUGACCCGUAGUAGCACCGGACUGACAGAAGAGCUGAUACAAUCCACUAAAUUUGAUCCACAGAGAGUACUAAGCGAAGCGAUGGACUCGGUUGCGACAUUAAUAUUGCUCUAUCGGGUGUCCCAUGGCUGGAAAUCCAUCCCAGUAAUGAUGGUUCACUACUUUAUGGUGGCAGGUGUACACGCAGCCUCGCACUUGGAGUCGUCAAAGUGGCGCGAAGUGUUGGUCAGCUGUGUCUCUGGUCUCUGGCAUAUGGGCCUGGUUUGGAGGGUCUGUCGACCAUUUUUGCGGACCAUCCAGCUAGUACUCCGAAGCAAGGACGAGACGUUAAUCCCCAUCGAAGCAGUGUCGAUAUUGAGGGAAUUCAACGAGAAGGUGUGGAAUCAGAACGAGGUAAACGCGCUGGCCGCCAACUACGUGGUGCAACACCAUCCCAGUCAGACACUUGCGCUGGACCACGACAAAAACUUCCAGGGAAAAGGCCUCGAGAGCUUGAUACGAGAUUUCGAGAAACUGAGCACGGAUGAUUAAGAUGAGGAAGGAUGAAGAGAGUGGGAGAAUGAGAAGCGGAGGAAAAGUACCGGUCUGUAUACG